CAUUGGUCCUAACAAUUCUUGUAUUUGUAAGGUUAUAGAUUGUAAACAUGUUUAUGAAUAUCCAUUUGAUGAAAACGUUUUAAAAAAUCAUUAUAUGAAAAAAUAUUUGAAAAUAUGGGAAUCUAUUAAAGAAAGUAAGAGAGGAC